GGGGCCUGGUGGGUAACGCGAGGCGCGGACGGAAGCCGCCUGGGGUCAGCGCGGGAGCGACGCGCGAAGUCCGGAGCCGCGCGCCGCCCGGGCGGGAGGCCUGCGCGGGGGCGAUGGCGGAGCGGCCCGAGGACUUGAACCUCCCCAACGCGGUCAUCACCAGGAUCAUCAAGGAGGCGCUCCCGGACGGCGUGAACAUCUCCAAGGAGGCCCGCAGCGCCAUCUCCCGCGCCGCCAGCGUCUUCGUGCUGUACGCCACGUCCUGCGCCAACAACUUCGCCAUGAAGGGGAAACGCAAGACGCUGAACGCCAGCGACGUGCUCUCGGCCAUGGAGGAGAUGGAGUUUCAGCGGUUCAUCGCCCCCCUGAAAGAAGCCCUGGAAGCCUACAGGAGAGAGCAGAAGGGCAAGAAGGAAGCCUCCGAGCAAAAGAAGAAGGACAAGGACAAGAAAGCCGAUUCAGAAGAGCAGGAUAAGAGCCGGGAGGAAGACAACGAGGAGGACGAGGAGCGGCUGGAGGAGGAGGAGCAGAAUGAGGAGGAAGAGGUGGACAACUGACCGGGUUGCCGCCCCCCCCCCCCACACACACACACCUUGGGGGUACCUGGAGAGGUUCUUGAGUGUAGCACCCCUGGGUGCAAGGUUGGACGGAGUGAACAGUGCAUCCCAGCAUCAGUGCAUCUGAGGUGCAGAAUCCCAUUCCGCCUUGGUCUGAGGUCAAGGACUUUUGGCAACGGGAUUCUGAGUGGCUCGCUUGAGUGGCCGAUUUGAGCCUUCCUGGUUUACUUGUAUAUGGAACUAGGCAGUUUCUGAUUCCCACCCCCCUUCUCACACAUAUACAGAUUACUUAAAGUCACUUAAAAAAAAAGUGAUUUCUACGCUGCCCACAGGGUACUAGAGGCAGACCACCUCGGGGAAAGAUGGGAUUGGUUGCUGGUCCGCCUGUUGUUCUGUCCAGUAUUUGGCAAUCCUGGCAGAUCGCAAGUGUUCUGGAUGGUUCAGCUUGGGGCACCUAUGGAAAAGCUAUUGGAGAAGAACAGACGCUGCUGGGUUGGUUCUUACUUGACAGUAGCAGCCUGGAGCCUCGCUCCAUUGCCUGGGGGCAUUGGGCCCUCCAGAGGAGCUGGACUCGGCACCCCUGCUUUUAGCUCAGCAUUGUGAAAUGGAAUUGCCAAGCAAGCCAGAGUGCCAGUGGUUCCCUUGUAGAGCAUACUCCGCUGCUCUGAAAAAGCAUUGGUGUUCGUAGUAACCUGGAAGGUGUAAAAUUGUAGGCUUUUUCUUCUAUUUCCUCUCAGAGUAAUGGCUUUUCACUCUUCAGGUAUAUCCCAAACUUUGUUUCCCCUGAGCAGAACUCUCCCUCUCUCAGCUUCUCUUUUGCCUCUCCUUUUUGUCUUUCUUCCCUUCGUGUCAUCCUCCUUUCUCCCUCUCCCCCUGACUUUCCCGCUUCUCAUUCUUCGCUCUCUUCUACCCACCUAGGAACUUUGAUAACCUUCUUAUAGUCCAAAGUAUAACUGGUUCCUUAGUUCUAAUCCCGUGUCUUAGAAGUGCUUUUGGGAGCCAGGGAGAUGCUGCAAAGUGCUGGGGCUUGUGCUUUGCUUGCAGUUCUUUGAUUCCAGCACCCCGUGGUCCCCUAGGCACUGCUGGGUGUGGCCCCAGCUUUGAACCUUAAAGAAAAUCUGAUGGUGCUCAGGAAUCUAAUGUCCAUAGUUCUCCACCAUCUCCUCCAUCCUACCCGCUUGCUGCUUCAAAAGUACCUCUGUUGACCUUUCCAGGUCUUUCUUUUUCCAUUUUGGUGCUCCAAGCACUUCUGUUUGUUUCUAAGUUGGGGGUUGGAGGAAUUCACAGGCCAUGAAGUAAUAGUUUGACACUGUUAGUUUGUUCAAUGAAUUCAGUAAAAAGUUGAUAAAUGAAAAAUGUUGGGGAAAAUUCUAAUACUUUGUAUAAAUAAAGAGCAUUCUUGA